AUGAAUAACCAAGGAGUAACCUAUGCAGAACUGAAGGGAGUCAAGAACUCAAAGAGGCAGAAAAUAAAAUCUAAGGUUUCUAAAAGUUCCAUUUCAAUGACUGAGCAGGAAUUAACAUAUGUAGAAUUAAAUCUUCAAAAUGCUUCUCAGAAUCUUCAUGGGAACGACGAGAAUUACCACUCCAAAGAUUCACCAUCACCUCCAGAGAAGUUCAUUGCUGGGAUCCUGGGAAUCAUCUGCUUUGUCUUGAUGUCCACUGUGUUGACAGUGAUCAUUGUUACUCCCUCUACUGUAAUACAGGAACAGAAUUACUCCUCUCUCACAACAAGGCUCCAGAAAGAAUAUCAUUGUGGUCAUUGCCCAAAAGACUGGCUUACAUAUUCCAACAAUUGCUAUUAUACUAGUCUGGAAAAAAAAUCAUGGAAUGAGAGCUUGAUAUCCUGUGCUACUAAGAAUUCUACUCUGCUUUAUAUAGAUAAUGAAGAGGAAAUGGAAUUUCUGAUGUCCCUAUCACUUAUAUCGUGGAUUCAAGUCUCUCGUGCAGGCCGCGGUCAUCCUUGGAUGUGGCUAAAUGGUUCAACUUGCAAACUACAGAUAACAGACUAUUUACCUGGUGAACAAAACUGUGCUGUACAAUCUGAAUGGGGCAUAAAAGCAGAAGACUGUCAGUUUCCAAAUGCAUAUCAUUGCAAGCACAAGCUUGAGAAUUAA